CUUCGACUCGGCGACAAACGUGCAUAAAUCGAAUACCAUAGAAAGCAGCGACCAGAAGACCUUUAUGCACACACAACGCGACGCCAUGUCGACUCUUAAGACGCGUGAUCAAUCCUUGUCUACAGGCUCAAUGUCACGCCAGCAUACCAGUUCAAAUCCGUCUCGUGAUGCAGCUUCUUUGACGAGGCUUCCAAACGAGAUUUUUCUUCUUCUUGUGAGAGAAUUUGAUGUCAGACCCAAGGAAAUCGCUCGACUACGUCAGACAUGCCACAAAUUUGCGGGACUCCUUAGCAAGCCUCUUUAUCGGCUUAAUAUAUUAGAUGUCAAGGCUGCGCAAGAGGCUGCUACCGCCAACCCUCGACGUACAAUCCCUCACAAUUCUCAGAUCCUCGAAACCAUCAAAGACUUCCAGAUGCAUGUGAGAAAGCAGCGUAUCCACGCUUCUCAGGGUUCAGUUCUGCACUGGGCUGCAUCGCAUGGGUUCGUCGAAGUUGCAAAGGACGUUAUUAAAAUGUCAUCAAAAUUAUUUCCCGAGUACUUGAACGUGAAGGAUGCACAGGAUCAAACACCGCUAUCUUAUGCCGCAACCGGCGGGCAUGUCGAAAUUAUACAAGAACUUAUCGAUGCGGGAUGUCUCGUGGACGCAGGGGUCUGGGGAAGAUUCCUAGGUCUAGACAAUAGUCCUCGCCCUCACCAACGAAGCUUCAAAAACUAUAUAGCUACCCCUUUAACCAUGGCACUUGAUUCACGUCAAGAAGCUGCUGCUAUUAUCCUGGCCCGAUACACCCCUUACCGAAAGGAUAUAUACACAAAUUCGGGUCUUGAUGUCUGUGUACCGCUUGAUAGAUCAGCAAUGAGACGUAUGCCACGUGUUGUUAAGAUAUUACUAUCUAACGGACAUGAAGGAUUGGUGCGUACGCCUUUUGAUGGGGGCCUUCCACCGAUAUACUGUGCCAUUAGAAUGGAUAACAAUACGGAGACGAUAGACAUCUUGUAUGCCCACGACGUCUCUAGCUUUCCCCGGGAUGCUACGCAGCAUUUAACACCCCUUGUUUGCGCCAUUCUGUGGAGAUCCUACAACAAUGCAAUGCAUAUCGUCAAAAAAUAUGUACUUUCGGGAGAAUAUGGUUCAUGGGCAAGGGAGGCGUUGAGAAUAGCGGCCAACUUCAAUGGUGGUAUGCUUGCUGUCGCGGAAGUUUUGACGGGAUUCCUUAACGCACAGGGCGACUUUAAAGGGAUCGAGGCUGCUUUCUUCAGAUCAUCCAAGAAGCUAUGGAGAACCCCCGAAAUGAACAAGUUCCUUGCCCAAACACUAGCCGUAGGGCUAGAUAAGACUCACCUCGGAGACGGACAAGGAUACCUUCAUUGGGCUUGUCAGCAACCUGACGUCGACAUCGAAGCUUUCCAAAGUGUGCUUGAAAAUAAGCACUACCCGCUUGACGUCAAUGCGAAGGAUGCUAAUGGUUAUACACCUCUCGAUUACUCAGAGCAACGGGGACACGAAAACGUCACCCGUCUUCUCCGAGAAGUGUAUUCUGCAAAAAGGGGUGACGAGGUAUGAGGAUGAGUAGGUGGGCGUAGAUGAGGUUACGUUUUCUUCAAGGGGAUUCGAAGAGAUAUUCUGAUAAGUGGAUGAGAUUCUGAGGUUGGCGAUUUGCGAAUGAUUUCACUGGGAUUCAAAGGAUUGAAGGAUGGGCGUAUGGCUGUCGUGUUAGGUAUCCCGGACCAUAUUUAGGCCUCUUACAGGGACCCCGCAGUCUUCUAGCAGACAGUGGUAGUAGCUAGGAUUUCUUUACAGUAAUGAC